UGGACAGAGAUGGGAUCCUGUAAAGCAGGUUUUGAAUGACCUGUGCUUUUGUCUGUCACUGUGACAUAAGUACUGUCGGUCUUUUGGAAAGCUGUCUAAAUUCAGUUGUGUCUGGUGAGCUGAGCGUACUAUUUAAGGAAAGGUGUAGCAAGUUUGUUUUUGAGGCAGUUGUUUACAUGUUUACAAGAAAAAAAGUUUCGGAGUGGAAUAUUACGGUUUAGGAUUAUACGGUAAGUAUUAAUACGUUUAUUUUUGUCAGAUAAUAAAUUAUGACGUUUAAGUUUAAGCAUGACAGUAACGGUUAUUUUAAAGGACUAAUCAUUUUAAUCAUGAUAUUAAAAGUCUGAGAGACUUUGAAUUUCUUUAAAACAUUCAAGAGAGACACCACUACACCACCAUGAUCGUGUUGAUCUGAUACAGGGUCGGGAUUUUUGUUGGCGGAGCAAAUAUAGACAAAAUGACUGGGAAUACAUAUAUAAUGAAAAACUUGCGGCUCCACCUCAAACCGAAAAACAUCUUUUUUCCUUUUUUGGGACUGGCACUACUUAUAUGUUGUUUUUUCGCAUGUUUGACUGUAAAUGAAAGAGGAAGGCAGAAAACCAGAGUGUUUGAGAGGCCGCUUCUGACAGCGCGAUAUGAAAUUAAUUGCACGGCGAUAUAUGAAAUGGAGCCGGUGGAAUUGGGCAAAACUUUAGCCAUUCGCAAGGAAAAAAGCUAUACAGGGCCAGUCGAUGAGGCUGUUGUGAAUUCCACCUCUAACUGUGAUCAGUUUGUGUCACAAGGCUAUGGUAUGAUGGAAGGCUCUGAGUUUGAGCGUCAAUUUCCUCUUGCUUAUUCUUUGGUCGUUCACCAGGACGCUGCUCUUGUGGAGAGGUUGCUCAGAGCCGUUUAUAUGCCUCAUAACAUAUAUUGCAUACAUUACGAUCUGAAGUCCUCAGAUGACUUUAUUUCAGCGAUGAAAGGUCUGGCCCGUUGCCUCCCCAACGUCUUCAUUGCUUCAAAGCUGGAGAGGGUGCAGUACGCCGGCUUCUCGCGACUCAAAGCCGAUCUUAAUUGCCUGUCUGACCUCCUCCAUUCUGAGGUCAAGUGGAAGUAUGUCAUAAACCUGUGCGGUCAGGACUUUCCACUGCGGACGAACGCUGAGCUGGUGUCGGAUCUAAAAGAGCUGCAGGGCAGGAACAUGGUGGAGAGCAAGUGGCCUGGAGGAAAGCAAUGGCGCUGGACUUACCAUCACUUAGUGAAAGAUAAUAAUUCACAGUACUACGGCUCACCUGUCACCACUUCUGAGAAGAAAUCUCCACCUCCUCACAACAUAGCCAUGUUUGUGGGCAGCGCGUACUUCACACUUUCAAGAGAAUUUGUGGCUUUUGUUAACCAGAGUUCUGUAGCCAAGGAUUUCUUGGCUUGGACUGAGGAUACGUACUCACCUGAUGAACACUUCUGGGCAACUCUGGUCCGUGUGUCUGGAGUACCAGGAGAAGUGCCGAGUUCUGACCCUGAGAUCUCAGAACUAGCAAGUAAAACCCGUCUGGUGAAGUGGUGGUCUUUAGAAGAAAGACUUUACCCACCAUGCACUGGAGUCCAUGUGCGAGAAGUGUGCAUUUAUGGCGCCGCUGAGCUCAGGUGGCUCCUGAACUACGGACACUGGUUCGCUAAUAAAGUGGAUCCCAAAGUGGAUCCCGUUCUUAUGGAAUGUUUAGAAGAGAUACUUUCAGAAAAACGGAGAGAAACAAUGCAUUCUCAUUUUGGAGAUCACUAAUACUGGACGCCUAGAUGUGUGUUGUAAGUUAUUCUGUGUCGCCCCCUGCUGUGUACAAAAAAAUGGCGCACGAGUUGGUUCAUUAAUGUAUUAUUGCAUUGUUCAUUAUAUUACGUUUGCAGAUACAAAUAAUUGCUAAAAGUAAAAAAAAAAAAUACUAAUAAAUGAAUGAAGUGCUCAUUGCAGAUUAACCUCAAAUUUUAAGGUUAUUUAUUUGUAUGUUUGAGUAAAUUAUUAUGAGUUGUUUUUUUUUAUAUUGAAAUUGUCUAGCAAAAUAACCACAUUAAUAAAUGACUUAUCGUGGCUUUAAGUUCAAUAAAUACAAAAGCUAACUUGGUGGAAAAAAGAAGCGCAAGUCUCCUGUGCUACCCAUCUGCAUUCAUGUGCAUUGUUUUGUCUUAAUGCAGCAGCAUCAAACAAUUUUGCUGCAUGAAUGUACAAAUAUUUGUCAUGCUAAUCAAGUAUCAUAAAACUGAAACUAAUGCACGUAACGUGCGUAUUAUUAGGGAGGAAUAAACUUAAGACGUUCAGUUAAGACCGCCAUAUGCAGAACAAAAUUAAUUAAGUGUGCUUAUACUUUUAAUUCUCAUAUGUGUAAUUUUAAAAUAAUGUAUAUUAAAAUGUUACGUUUUAAUAGUA